CGGGCUUUUCCCUUGAGCGGUUUGAUUUUUCUCCUGCAACAUGAUGGAGCAGUGAGAUGUGAGAUGUCGUCCAGUGGCGCCGUUUCGCGCCCGGGGGAGUGGCCGGGGCCGGGGGUAGACUUGUGGUACUGACCAAUGUAUGUACUUUGACCACUCACGCGCAGUGAAGGUUUGUGUGCCUCGAGGGAUCCAAGGGUCUUCUUCAUGUGCCGCACUGAGGCUAAUGAGCUAAGCUCGUUCACCUUUCAAUGCCCGGAUGAGGUGGUGCAGCGCUUGGCGCGGCUCUACGGCGAUGAGCGUCACUCGGACGUCACCUUCCUGGUGCAAAGCAACCAGGACACGGCUCCGCAACGCUUCGUGGCCCAUCGAAGCAUCAUCGCCAUGUGGUCCGAGCCCUUGGGAUCGAUGCUCUGUGGCCCCUUCGCCGAAGGCAGCGCCAAGGAGGUGAAGCUCUUGGAUGUGGAGCCCGCCGCCUUCGAGGUUCUUCUGAAGUUGAUCUACACCGGCGUGGUGGACAUCAGCCCGGAGACGGUGCUGUCCAUUCUGGACGUCGCCGUCCGCUUUGACGUGGCGGCGCUGAUGCAGUUCAGCGUGCAAUUCUUGCAGAAUCAUGCAACCUCCGAGCAUGCCUGCCGCAUGUUGGAGAUUGGUGUGCAGUAUCACCUUGGGAAGUUGGUGGACAAGUGCAUCGAGCUCAUCGUCACAGACGACCAUAUCUUGGAGUCUGAGGACUUCAACAACCUCUCCCAGAGCGCGAUGAUCGAACUGGCCAAACAUGAUGCAUGGAACUUGCACGAGGACAACAUCUUCGACAUCUUCAUGCGCUGGUCGGACGCCAACUCCGGGAGCGCGGAUGAGAAACGGCGAUUGGCCAUGCCCUUCUUGGAGCAGUUGCGCUUCCCUCACAUGUCCACGGAGAAGCUCAAGAAGCUGAGUACCACUGGAGAUGUCCCUUCUGAACUUCUCUUCGAGGCCUUGUUCUGCAAGCUCAGCUCUGAGGUGGAGGAUGAGAGCGUUUGCUCACCUUCCGCGGCGCGGCGCCGGCAGCGCGUGGGUUCGUUGCUCUUCUCCUGGGUCCCCACCUCCCGCGUCACCGUGAGCGGCGAGCUCCGCGAGAACGCGCGGCACACCUCCUCGAGUGGCUUCACGGGAGUCCGUGGGGACCGGCGGAUGAGGCAUGGCCGAUUUGCAUGGACCAUCGACAUCACCGAGACGCAAAGCUCUUGGAUUUUCGUGGGUGUGGUCCAGGCGGAAGACCUCAACGACGUGGCCUGGCGCGCCUCUGGUCACAUGCUGUACUGCUUGGACAGUCGGUUUUUCCACCAGGGCUCAGGUCAGAACCACCCCUUGGGGGAUCGGAGAAUGGUUUCGGGGGAUUGCAUCCAUGUGGUAUUGGACUGCACCCGGCACACCUUGGCCUUUGGGGUCAACGACGAGCAGCCUAUCAUCCUCUUCAGGGACUUGGAGGCAACGUGGUACGUCCCGGCAGUGGAUUUGAGAGAUUGUGGCGACAAGGUUCGAAUCCUAAGCUCUCGAAUGACCACCUUCUGCGCAGCUAGAUCCCCGUCCUCGUCGCAGGCUGCGAUCAGUGGACCUCCUGAGGAGGCACCGUGGUCAGGCCCCAGCGAUGAGUCCAGGCCAGAGCUCGAAGACCGCCGUGGCCAGAUCUCAGAUUCGAGCCGUGCGGCUCGAUGGCAAUCCGACCUCCCGCGCCGUCACACAGUGCAAAGCCCGCUGGAGACGGUGCCAGCUUUUGCCACUCGUUUGUCACAGCCACGGCAAUUUGGGUCAGCCUCCGUCCUCGCGGUGGAGCGUGGCGGAUCGACGCUCGGCCGUGGAGGACCCGCCCCUCGUCUCCAAUCACCCAGCGCCCCUCGGGGCCCCCGUGGCCGGGCCACCUCGCAACGCGGCUCCUCGCCGGGCCCAAUCCCGACCGAGCCACUGUGAGUCGACCCAGUGGCGGCCCAGGCAGGUCCAGG